UUCGUUGUCAAGUUGAUAUUGACAACUUCUUGAGUUAGAGGCAAAAUGGGAAGACCGAAGUACUUCACACCGAACGAAGUAUCUGUUCAUAAUACAGCCGACGAUUUAUGGGUUUCAUUUCUGGGAAAAGUCUACAAUUUAACUCCACUUUGUGAAAAAUACAAAGGUGAUGUUUUGUUAAAGCCAAUCAUACAGUCUGCGGGAAAAGAUAUAUCACACUGGUUCAAUCCAAAAACAAAAGAGAUCCGUACACAUGUAGAUCCACAGACAGGUUGUGUCAUACCAUACUGCCCAAAUGGUCGGUUCAUCCACAUUCUACCACCAUACCCAGACAGCGAUUGGGCAAACGAUUUUGGUCGACCAUGGUGGAGGGAUGAGGGAUACCUUGUUGGAAUUUUGUCAAAGAAAACACGAAACAUAAAAAUUAUCAACACUCUUACUUCACAAGAACAAGUUAUUGAGGUGUGUUCAGAGGAGAUAAUGACGGAGAUUUUGGCUCGUUAUCUUCGUUACAAUGCCCAUGCUGCUAGCUAUACGUGGAAAUAUGAUGGCAGAAACCUGGAUAUGGAAAAGACACUAGAAGAAAAUGGAAUCCCAGAUGAAGAUGAAGAGUUUUAUAAACUGAGCAUGAAUGAUGACACUUUCCUUCAAGCAAUUCAUUUAUACUUCAAUGAUGACUUGACAGAGGCGUAACUCUGUCAUUUGUUGAUUGUUUUUGUACAUGUGUAAAUAGACAAACUGUAAUAUAAUGUUUUAUAUAAAAAAGAAGGUAUCAAA